AUGGGAGACACAAGACCAGCCAGAGCAGGUGGGCCACUGCAUGCCAACAGGAGGCAGCUGAUGAAGUGGCUGUGCCCAGGAAAAAGGGAAGUGUAUCUGGAAGUUCCCAGCAGUUGGUUCUCUCAGAAGGCUCCCUCUUCCUUCCUCGCUUUUCCCAGCGCAGGUUCCCGCCUCGGUCCUCGGCAAUGCCCCCGGCUCCCACCAUCACCAGCCUACCCAGCGCCCGCAAGACCCACCAGCCUCACUCACCUUCGACUACCGGCCGGCCGGCCGCGCCUGCGUACUCCCGCGCGGGCCGCGCCUCCCAAGCGUCCCCGCGGCUCCGUCUUCGCCGCCGCCGCGCGCCUUCUCGACAUCCGGGCUUUUGCGGCCUUGAACUACAUUUCCCACAGCCCCUGGGCCGCUUUGGGAAAGAACUUUGGUCCCCGGUUCGUCUCUAGUUCCCCUCCCAAGUCCUCAGAGUCGGGCGCGGCGGGCACUCACGGAGAGGAAGCCCCGGCCUUCUGGCGCACGCAGGGUGUGGGGAGCCGGGCGCUAAGGCCUGUGCCGGCGCGCUUGUGUGUGAGCGUUGGUGGCCACAACGAGGUGGGGUGUACGCGCGGUCCUGAGGCCGCGACAGGUGCAGGAUGCGGGACCCUUCGGGUGACCGUGGUCGGCGGUGGUGUGAGUGCAGUUCUUGGAGAGAAGAGCCCUGAGGAAAGGAAAACAUUACAGAACAUAUCUGAAAACCAAGCUCAGGUUCCUACAAAUGGCCCCAAACAGCAUCCCUAUCUGCCAUUGAUACCUCAAGCACCAUUGGAUCUGCUGGGCCAUAUGACCCAAGUGGCAAAGCAGCUUGCAGUCGUCUGGACCUGUUGCAGAAUUGCAGAGCCUUCUCUUUCUGGGCCUUACUUUUAGGGGCCACUCAAUAAAUGAAGGGAAGUAACACACCCAGGUGAGGAAUAUGUUGCCUCCAAAAUCCAGAUGCUUACUAGGCUUUGUGCCUCUUUUUUUGGUUGGGGGAGGGCCCAGAUGCAACAACCUAUCCUUCACCUUAGAAAGGAUAUCGUGACAUACCCCACAUCACUGAAUCUCUAGAAAUUUCACUGAUGUAGAAGGCCCUGGAGUUUUUUUGUUGGAUUGAUUUUUCCACCCUCUGACACACAAAUGUCUUACCAAUAAUUCUGGAGUAGUUGCCACUUCUUGCUCACUGGGCCCAGUCUACAUAUUGUCAUCAGUGAAGUGGACCAGCAUGGCAUCUUGUGGAAGGGAAAAGUAGCACAAUCCCUUUGAACUAAAUUAUGACACAGGGCUGGAGAGUUGAUAUACCCCUGAGGUAGGACACUGAAGCGGUAUUGCUGACCUUGCCAGCUGAAAGCAAAUGUUUCUGGUUGUCGUUAUUAACAGGGAUAGAGAAAAAAAAUUGCCAGAUUAGUUGUCGCAUACCAGGUACCAGGGAAUUUGUUAAUUUGCUCAAGGAAUGAAACCAUAUUUGGUAUAGCAGCUGCAAUAUAAGUCACCACCUGGUUAAGCUUACAAUAAUCCAUUGUCA